AUUCUUCCCCCCAUUAUUCUACCAUCAACUUAUAUGAAAGCUAGAAAGAAUUUCAUUCUUCUAAUCAAACGGUGAGAAGGAUCGCAUCAAAUACUGCUUAUUCAGCCACCAUGAGUGUGAUGAGGUUCUGCCGGGAAUGCAACAAUCUUCUGUAUCCAAAGGAAGAAAAGGUGCGGAAGAUCCUCCUUUACGCUUGCAGAAACUGUGAUCAUGAGGAAGUUGCUGACAGCUUCUGCGUUUAUAGAAAUGUCGUAGAUCAUGAAAUUAGUGAGUUUUCACAGACCCUUCAAGACGUUACUGCUGAUCCAACUCUUCCUCGCACCAAAUCUGUUAAAUGCGCAGUCUGUGGCCACCCAGAAGUCGUCUUCCUCCAGGCCACUACAGGAGGUGAUGAAGGAAUGACACUUAUAUUUGUAUGUUGCAAUCCUAAUUGUGAUCAUCGCUGGAGAGAAUGAAAAGCUGAUCAGUUCAUUCAAAGCUCAUUAAAUGAGUGCGAACAUUCUGAACAAUCAUAUGUAUCUCUGCAAUCUAUUGAGCUAGGCUUUGUUUGGAACUGUUUUUUUUAUUGCUUCUCAAAAUAAUUUUUAAAAAAACUGUUUUAAGAAUACGUAAGAAUGCCAUGCCAUACUAAACCUUAAUUAGCACAACUUAGAUCUUUGCUUGAAAAUUUUCUGUUGUAGCUCAAUCUUUUAAAAUGCUUGGACGUGUUAUCUAAUCAUAUAUUUCAAUGUGAGAGUGUUCAUUUUGUAAAUUAUGAAA